AUGGGUUCCAUCGCUCUGGAGGAGUACGAGUUGAUGAAGGACUCCAAGUAUCGGGUCUAUGUGUCUGCUGUUGACAAGGCCCUGAAGAGCUUCGAAUAUACGAGUGAAUGGGCAGAUUUAAUCUCUGCUUUAGGAAAGCUCAACAAGGUGUUACUAAGCCAUAUGAAGUUUCCUGUUAUUCCAAGGAGAAUCAAAAUAUCAAAAAGACUAGCUCAAUGCAUGCAUCCGGCAUUACCUUCUGGUGUUCACUUAAAAGCUUUAGAAACGUAUGAUAUUAUUUUUAAGUGUAUGGGUACUAAUAGACUUAGUCAUGAGCUUUUCAUCUAUAGCGCAGGACUAUUUCCAUUAUUGGGUCAUGCUGCUAUGAACGUCAGACCAUCAUUGUUAACGGUAUACGAGACACACUUUGUACCACUCGGCGAAAGAUUGAGACCAGGAUUAAGUGGUUUUCUAAGUGGCGUUCUUUUGGGCCUAGAAGAUGGAUCUGAUCACUUUGACAGAACUAAUUCCUUACUGGAAAAAGUAUGUGAGGGUGUGGGUGCAGAACAUUUUUAUGCAUGUCUCUGGGACUGCUUGGCUUCAAAUUCUGGCAUUCGAUUGCCUGCGAUAUCAUUCGUGCUAGCACAUUUCAACAAAAAAUUGUCAAUGGAGGAACAAAAAUAUAUUAUGGGUACUAAUAUUAAAAUUAUGAUUUCAGCCUUGUGUGCUGGAGUACAAGAUACUUCGGUGCUAGUGCAAAGAAGUGCACUGGAUUUCCUAUUGAUAGGUUUUCCUAUGCACAAUAGUCAAUUGACACAUCCAGAUAUGAUACUUUUAAUUAAAGCUGCUUUAAUUACUAUAUUGCGAAGGGACAUGAGCUUAAACAGACGUUUGUUUGCUUGGCUGUUGGGCACCGAAGUAAGCACAUCAAUUUUGAAGAAGAAGAACCAUAUAAUUACAGACACUAAGGAGAGUGUAACAUAUUUUGACAUGUAUUCGAAGGAAAUGCUAGUUGAAGCGAUAAAAUAUCUGCUUAAAGAAGUGUGUGAAGAAAAUUCGCAAGAUCUGAAACCGUAUAGGAUACUUGUCUCAUUACUCGAUAAGGUGGAUAUUGGACCAAUAAUUUUAGAUGAUAUUCUGUUUGAAGUAUUUAGGACGUUUUAUAAUGCAUGCAAACAAUCUACGUCAAAUCAUGCACCGAAAGCGAAUGAAGUGGUAAAGUCUGCAAAUCUGUUAUUCUCAACUUUAGAACCGUCUUACAUCUGGAUACAUUGUGGGCAUCUAUUUGAGAAAGCCUGUAAUACUCGAGCAAAGACGCAUGUUACGGUCGAAGACAUUGUAAGACCGGUUGGUAGUGGAAUGCCAAAUCUCGUGGAAGUAUGCGUGCUAACAGAAUUUUUACUUGAGACUGUGUCAUUAGAUGCGUUUAUAGAUACGCCAUCUGAACAUCUUCCUGGCUUAUUUUACGAAAUAAUCAGCAAACUUUUACAUCACAGUAGUAUUCUGUCCCCUACAGAGAUUUCAAAAAGUCUCAAAUUAUGCGCCAAAAUCUUAUCGAAGGUACAACCAACAAUGGUAACGGCUCAUACGGAUAAGUGUGAAAUAGAUGCCAAGUUGGACACGUCUCUGAAUAGCAUUACAGUUCCCAGCGAUAAUUCCCUGAUGGCAAUCCCUUUAGAGAAAAGUCAGUCAGAUAGUAAAUUGAAUAAACCUGAUACAUCCAAUAUCUCCUUCACAGAGAAAAGCCCAAGUACAAGAAGAAGAGCCAAUUCCGGUGGUGCCACUAAAAGAAACGAAAAGAAGUCGAAGAAAAAGGGAAGUAAAAGCACUUCCAAAUUAAACGACACGUACACUAUACAGGCUGAUGGCAGCAGCAUAUCUGUUGUAGUGAGCGAAGAUACGAAACCUUUACCUAGAAAUAAAAGUAUGGACGAUAUUAAAGCAAACUGCGUCGAAAUCGAUGAUAUCUCUUCAUCAGUGAUUCAAUCCUCAGACAGUCGUCUGUCUAUGUUAAAACAUUUUAAGAAUGUUACUCCAAUGGGAUCGACAGGAUCCUUAUGUAGGGGACCAUCUCCAGCGUUUCAAGCACAGCAUUCCAUGUUGGAAAAGUGCCUCCGGCAAUACGAGAUAUUUUACGUUAAAUUAAUUAGCAACCGGAUACUUAGUAAAGAGAGAACAGUACAGGAUAUGUUUGAUUAUUUAGUGGUGUCUUCUCCGAGAAAGAGUUUUGAUGAGAGAAUGCGUUACUUGGAAUUUAUGCUAAAUUCGAGAUUAAGCAUAGAUGACUCCGGAUUUUUUAGUCAAGACUCAUCCGUAAUUGAAGAUACCAAGUGCCUAGAUAUUUUUCACCUAUUCCUCGAUAUGGCGACAUACUCAGAAUGGAUCGAAACUAUGAAAAUAGCGUCCAGCUUGUUCGUCGAAUUGUCCACAUUUCCAAAAUACUUUUUGCCCGGCGACGACGUACUCGUAGAAGAAGAACCGAAAUUCGAACAUGUUCUUCCGGAUUGGUUGAAAAUUUUAAUAGUCUGCUCUUGCUGGUUGCAAAAGCAACCCGCAUUACAAUUAACGAGUAUUGCUACGUUAUUGGACUUAGUGGCAUUGUUAAAAGCACAUAACGACGUCGAGACACAUCCAAAAAGUGGAGAGGGUGUGACGACAGUAAUUAUUGUUCCCCUGUUAAAGCAAUGGCACAUAACUUACUUGAUGCAGUAUACCAAUGUAUUUCAGGUAUUGGCACAUUCCUUGUGGCAUCAUUUGGGCGAACUUCCCGCCCAUAAAUUCAGGAUGCGUUGCGUAGAACUAUUGCACGAAUUACAUCAUGCUUUAUACGAUUCUUGCGAUGCAGUUGAGAACUUAAUAGGGUCCGCACUUACCUCUGAAAAUCCCGAAAAAAGGAUCGAGGCCUUCGGUAGAUUCGCUACUUUAUGGCAUUUAGGACGAGAAAUUGAAACGAAUCCAAGAUUGCGUGGCUGUCUCAGAACUUUUGAUCAAUCUUUGUUGAAAAUGUUGGACAAUCUUCAGCUUGCGGACAACUCGCCGUUAAAGCUGCAGGCUCAAUCGUGGCUGUUACAUUCCUUAAUGCGUGGCGAUAUAUCACGUGUAAUAGAUCCACUGCUGACAAUACUAUUAGAUCCAUCCACAUGUCGUAUGAGUGUUCUUCAUGUGAGUAUACAACAUAGUAAUACCGUCCUAACGAAAAACGAUCCCGUGGAAGAGAAGUCAGAGAUCCAAGAUGACACUGAAGGCGCCGCGAAAAUUUACGCAAUCAGUUCGGUCGAUGGUAAUGUAAUAUAUCACGUGAGCGAUAACGUGGAUGAGGACAAAAAGUGGAAGAAGGGUAAAAAAAAGAAGCAGAUAAAUCCUGUUAAGAUAAAACGUAUCUUUGCGGUGACAACGCUAGCGACUGGAGAUAAUUGCAAUCACUAUGUCACUGAAAGAAAUCAAUUUAUGAAGGAACUUGAAGUACCGCCCAGUAUAUCCGGCAACAGGAAGAUUUCUGUGUUCGUAAAUCCUCUCUCGAUCAAUUGUAACGAAAAUUCAAAUGACUCCUUAACGGAGGACGAUUCGCUGCCUAGCAUGCGCAAAACGAAUUUAACAACAGAGUUGCUAAAAAAUGCCACCCGUUUCAAGAAAAUUGAUUUCGACAAAGGUUCUACUGCCAGUUUAGAUGAAAGUCUUUUCGAAUCGGCGAAUUCCAGCUUGAAAGCAAAGGAUAAGAGUAGCUACAAGAAGCUAAACGACGAUGUCGAUUCUUCGUCGGAUUCCAUAACGAAUAGCUUAGACUCGAGCAGUCCUGAAGUAACUAACAAACAAUCCAAACACAAGAAAGAAACUCUUAUAAUGCCAGGCAGUUCCAGAGAAGUAGCGGGCACUAUCAUAAAGGGCAGGUAUUACAGCACAAACGAGUUUAGCACGAAUUACGAUCACGAUAUCGGCAGUUUUGAAGCAAGCGUAGAGGUACCUAGCUGGACGAUGGACGAUGACGAUGGCGAAUUAGACGUCAGUACUACUGCGGAAGAGUACUUCAGCAACUCCAGCAGUACCAGUAUAGUCGAAGAAAUUUUGAAUGAAGUGUUCGAUCGCGCGAUGCAACUAUGUGACGUCGCCGAACCACCUAAAAUCCUGCAGGAAGAGGUUCCGCAACAUAAUGCGAAAACUAAUCGAAAUGUCGGCUUGGGUGUUCACAAUCUUCACUCCCACAUGUUGCUCUACUGUGGAGUAUAUGAUUCAGCCAGAACUCUUUACGCUCUACGUACCCUCAGAAACGAACUCUUAACGAACACGCGAAUGUUCCUGUGUUGUGCAGCGACGACUGGUGUAGCGAACACAACGAAGAACACAGUGUUAUUAAACUUGUUAGCAAGACAUAGAAAAAGUGUUUUUGGUAGGAACUUUCAUGGUGAUAUAGCUAAUACGGAAUUUAUAGCGGCUUACAGAAGUAGUAUGUAUCUGGAAGUGUUGAUAAGCGUAUGCCUGUACUUCGCGAGAAGCUACUAUCCAAAUCUGGGGCAAAUGAGACUUACCUACGAAGAGAUCGCGGGUAAUCGCCAAGUACAACUUGCGAGUGCGGAGUUACUAACGUUAAUAUUUUCUGAGUUAAUUCCGAUCGUUCGCGAUUCUGGGAAAGGCUUUAGUUGCUACAUAGUUGAUUUAUUGACUAAAUGUAAAGUACAAAAAGUUGCUUUGCAUUGUCUUGUGUCCAGUGUUAUGAGUAUGAAGAACGCUCACAAAGAAAACGAAGAUGUUUCCACAUUUACUGAAGAAAUCGUAUUGUUUAAUGAUCCGUUUAUUGAUAAUGAUGUUAACAAAUGUAAAUAUAGAGCAAGUGAUCAUACGGAAGCUUUCCAAAUACAGUUGUUACGGUUAUUAUUAGCAUUAAUUAUGUUGGAGCAUCAGUGCAGUAGUCAAAAAGGAGAGGAAAUGAAUUCUACAACGUCGCUCAUACCAAGUUCGCCGACACGAGCAUCAAAUUUGAUCGGAAAUAGUUUGACGUUGAAAUACGUUUCUGGAGCAGCAAUACCACAGCAACCAAUGUUUCUUGCUAGUAUUCUUAGCGCCUUGCAACUCGAUCAUAUGAGGCAUCUUCAUCAACAUUGGACCACUCUUGUUACGUCUAGCCUGCCUUUUAUGGGACCGUCUUUAACAUCUGUUGUAACAUCAGUUAUUCAUCAACUAUGCAGUAAUAUUGAGCAUCUAGCAUCGUAUUACAUUAAUGAAGAUGCGACAUUGACAUCGAAAUUGCAAGAUAUAAGCACAGUGGAAUGCUGCUUGCCUGCAGAUUACACUGUAACACAUUUAGAAGCUUUGACAUAUUUACUCCAUUACUGUCUGUUGGAUACUUCCCAGCAAAUCGGAUUCUCGUUUAAUCAGCCAUUAAGUGGUACUAUACAAACAGGAAUUCCCGGCGCUAAUCCCGGGCAAAUAUUCAAUAAUCUUAUACAUGUCUUUAUGCCCAGUCCACUUUCUCCGGAUUUAUCCACAGCCAAAGAUAAAAAUGGCGCAAAUGAGCUGCAGCAACAUGCCAGGAGAACAGCAUUAAGUCAUUUACCAAGAAUAAUAGCAUCAUUGUCUGCUUUAUGGCAAGCGGUUCUGGCAACAAAAGACAAUGAACAAGCCAGUUGUGUGGUUGGUAGUCCGAGAAUAGUUAAAUAUCAAUUGUUGGAACUCUUGUCUCCAAUCUCUUUCCAUCAUGGAGCCAACUUCUUGGCUGCAGUCGCAGUUGCCUGGCAUGAAAGGCGCCAAUCCGCCGCAUCAAAAAAGAUACUUCCAGAAGCGUGUCCUAACCAGCAAGUAAUGGUUCAUCUUGUUAGUGCGAUUCGUGUUAUGCCUAUUGAUACUUUGGUACACACCGUACAUCAAGUAGUGAAAACGCCACCACCCAUACAUGGUGUCAAACAAGAUUUCUCAUUGGAAGUCUCAGUGCUAGAAUUACUUUACGUAUACAUGCAGAGUAACACGUCGCAAUCACUUAUUGAAUCUUGGGCAUCUUUGUUUAGUUUAUUAAAGGAUGGUCUGUCGCUAACAGCACCUGCCCAAUUUCUCUUACUGGCUAUACUAAACGAAUAUGUACAAAAGUGCCCACCUAUGCAAGAAAAGAAAGAUAUCAAAGAUUUGCAAGACGUGUCUGCGAAGUUGAUCGAAUCGUGUUCGCAAAUAGCCGGUGCCUGUUUAGAGCAAACCACAUGGCUAAGAAGGAAUUUAGCUGUCCGAGAAGAUGUUUUUGAAGUAGUCGAAGGUUCUUCGGAAGGUAAAGAGGGAAAAAAUGGUGCUGUAACACCCGGAACCCCACCUAAUGCAGCAUACAGUGUUCAAGCGCAGGCGGUAUUAGCGGAAAUACUUGCACCACUAUUGGAUGUCAGUUACGGUUCGCAAGAGAAAGAGCGAGUGGUAACACUUCUGACAAACCUCAUGUACAAUGUUACACCCUAUCUAAAGAAUCACACGAUAAAAAAUAUCGCCUCGUUUACCGCUUGUUCUCAACUACUGGCUUCCUUAUCAGGAUAUCAGUACACGAGAAAGGCAUGGCGCAAGGAUGUUUUAGACUUGUUACUUGACUCGGCCUUUUUCCAAAUGAUACCCGCCUGUCUACCGUACUGGAGAACCAUAAUAGACAAUCUGAUGACGCAUGACAACACUACCUUCAGAGAUUUAAUGAAUCGCGUUUCCAUGGCACAAGGUAGCGGAAUCAGUAUAUUUUCUUCGAAGGAGCAGGAAUAUGAACAAAAAGCGCAGCUCUUAAAGCGUUUGGCAUUUGUCAUCCUUUGCAGUGAAAUGGAUCAAUAUCACAAAUAUAUGCCGGAGAUACAAGAACGUUUAGCAGACAGUUUACGUCUACCUCAAGUAAUUCCGUCUAUUCAGGCGCAAGUAUUUCUCUGUUUUCGCGUACUGCUAUUGAGAAUGUCACCACAACACGCAACGUCCUUAUGGCCAGUUAUAGUUAGCGAACUCGUUCAAGUAUUCCUCUACAUUGAGCAAGAAUUGAAUACAGAUAGCGAAGAGUUCAGUCGUCAUAGCAGUUCGCACAUUAAAUUAUUGUCAGCUCUGGACUCGUCGUGGGCUGUUAACGCCAGCAACGGACUUCAAGCACACGGGCAUCCUCACUGGUUGCAAUUACAGCUGGCCGCUGCUAAGUUGCUAGAUCUCGCGUUGCUAUUACCCGCGCACAGAUUACCACAGUUUCAGAUGUAUAAAUGGGCGUUCGUCGGAGACGCAGCGGCUGGUUGUACAGAUAACAAUAAUUUAUCCUCGGACUUUGUGCCGCAUAUUACAAGAAUAGCAAAAUUGAUGGAUAGUAAGUUCAAGCCAGAAGGUCCACCACCCAAAAGAAAUCCGGGAGAACUUCUACUAACGUCGAAUAACGUUCGCUCUUUACAAGAUCUGCAUCAUUUCUUCUCGAGCCUUAGUCGCGCUACUUGUGACACGUAUGUGCCGAUAAAUAACAUGCAACUGGAGACUGUAAUCGAGCAGGACUUCCUUGAGAAAAUACCAGCCGUGCCAGCGAGAUAAUCUGAACAGCAUACGUCACGCUGAAACGCAGGCAGUGGAAGAUGAGUAACCGAAGACAAAAAUUUAAAUAAUGCUCCGAUCUUAAUACGAAGUGCGUAAAUCGCUGUAUGUGGAAGUUGUGAAUAAGAUUUCACGAAGUAAAAUCUCAGGCGAGUAGAGUAAAGAUACAUUAAGAUGCAGUUAUUUUUGAUAAUGUUACCUGUAAUUGUUCUCCAUCCGCUCACUUUAUGCGUUUUGAAUUAUUCAACCAAAGCGGUACACUAUAAAAACUUAUGAACUUUUAUCUUAAUUUUACUACCAUACAGUUAUUAUC